GCUUGCUGGAUUGAAUUACAUACAACACUGUUAUAUACGCAGAAAACACAGUGUUUUGACUGUUGAAGUCAUCGAAUGCAAUCAAAAGAAGGGGUCAGAGUCGAACUUUUGUGAAUACAUAUAAUAUAUAAAUCAGCUGGAGCAGCCACGCUUUCGUCAUUCUAACUCGAUACACGCCACAGCGUUGAUGUAAACGUAAACACCAUAGAACUCCUUUGAUUCGUGCCACAUUCUCAGAACGCUCAGGAAGAUCUAGAAGGUUUACAUAUUUGGAAAGGUACUUCCCCAAAUUCUCUCACGUUGCUCAAGUGGCUCAGGUCUGCAAAUUCUUUUAGUUUUGUCUGAACAGGUUGACAUGGGUGGCAGAGGAAGAGGAAGAGGUGGAGAAAGGGGUCGUGGACGCGGCCGCGACCAGCAACAGCGAAAUGAAUCGCAAGAAUACCCACCAAUUGCGCAAUUGCGGAUCGGUGACAGACCCGUCCAGGUCGGCGGCAUGGGCCCGCCGCAGCCCAGUUUCACACAGGCAGCGGCCCCGCCUCCACAGAGGGCCCACCAGCCUCCAACGCCGAGGGCCAGCAGCCAGCCCCCGAUGCCCACUGAGCCACCUCCCAGCCAGACGCCGACGCCCGAGGGCACCAGCAGUGUCUUGGCAAAAUGUCAGUUUCCAGCUCGCAAUGGAAAAGGAAGUUGCGGUCGAAAAAUGAAAGUGGAAUCCAAUCAUUUUCGAAUCAGGGUCCAGAACGGCACGUUGCUCAUCAUUAUAUACGACGUGGACAUGAAAUUAAUCAGCGAAAGGGACGGCUCGCUGAAGGAAUGUCACAAAAAAUACUUCAAGCGUGGAAUUCUAGCAUUUGGCCAUGAGGUGUGGCCCGGAAGGUAUCCAGCGUACGACGGCAGCAAGCUUCUCUUCAGCUGCCAACCAAAAUUGAUUAAUGGACAGGAAACAAGAGACGUGAACGUGCGAAAUGACGAUCGUUUCAAUGUGAAUGGUGAAGCUGAAACUGCCAAACUGCGGAUCACAGUGAAAGAGGUGCAAACGGUCCGUCUCACAGAAAUUGGUCAGUUCUUCAACAACAAAAACACGGCUCAGUUCCCCCACCUGGCCAUCCAGGCCAUCGACGUCAUCCUGCGCAACUCCGGCAUGACCAGUCUGCUUCAAGUCGGCCGCAGUUUUUAUCACCUUCCUCACAACCCAAUUGACUUGGGUGACGGGUUUGAUCUGUGGCACGGCGUCUUCCAAAGUGCGACCAUUGGCGACAACAUGCUCCUACUUAAUGUAGACGUUGCCCACAAAGGCUUCCCACGCGAACAGUCGGUACGCGACCUGGUAGCUGAUCUGGGAACAAAUAAGUGGAACCGCAGGCAGCGUUACAACCCUGAAAGAGAAUACCAAUAUGGCUCCAGACACAGCGGGAAAAUAGACGGGCAGCUCCGAAACUAUCUCAAAGGUCUGAAGAUUGAGUACGAGAUCCCGCAAUUGGCCAACUCGAAGAGAGUUUAUCGGGUGAAUGACGUUGUCCAAGCUCCCUCACGCCAAAGGUUUUACCUAGAUACUCCAAAUGGGCAGAAAAGACAGGUUACGGUAGCCGAGUACUAUAAAACUGAAAAAAGGUACGAGAUCCGGCAUCCCCAUUGGCCCUGUCUGCACGUAGGAAGCAAGGACAGGAACAUCUUUGUGCCCAUGGAGUUGUGCAAAGUUAUGCCGAAGCAAGUCUCAAUAAAAAAACUGAAUGAGGUGCAGACAAGCAAUAUGGUCAGAGCGGCAACCACCAAGCCCAAAGAUCGCAAAAAGAAGAUCAUGGAAGCCUUUGACAGCCUGAAUUUGAUGAGUGACCUAUGUUUGCGCGAAUUCGAUAUCAAAGUGGAGCCACAGAUGACCCAGGUUGAAGGCAGGGUGCUCAUCCCACCCGCCCUUAAGUACAGAGCCGACUAUCCUGUCAGGGUGAGGGAUGGCGCAUGGCGGAUGGACCGCCAGCAGUUCAAGACGGUUGCCAAGGAAGUGCAGAAAUGGGCCAUCCUCGACCUCAGCAUCGCCAAAGAAGCGAGUAUUCGCUACUUAAGAGAUAAGUUGGUGUCGGUUGGUGCAAGCGUCGGAAUGACUUUCAACGCCAAUCCAAAAAUCCUGUUAAGUGCAGAGCUGAGAGAUGCGUAUGAACUGAGCAAAUUCCUUCAAAGUCAGGUCAGGGAAGGUCCUUUUGACCUUCUUGUCGUCAUUAUUCCUGAUAGUAUUGGAGGAAAAGACCCGCACGCUGUGGUGAAGCACGUUCUUGAGAUGAAGAACAAAAUUAUUACUCAAUGUAUUGAGUUAAAAACGUUGAUGAAGGUAGAAAGUGAAGAUAGGAACUCCCAGUCGAUUGUGCCAAACAUCCUGCUGAAAAUCAACACUAAACUUGACGGCAAGACCCACGCCAUUCAUGAAAACAGCAGGCCUCCCUGUUUCAAUGACAACGUGAUGAUCAUGGGAGCAGAUGUCACGCAUCCUCCUCCAGACAGCAAGUCGGUACCUUCUGUUGCAGCUGUGACUGCGAGCCAUGACAAGGAGGACGUGUUCAAGUUCAGCAUGCAGUGGCGGCUGCAGCCUCCAGGCAUAGAGAUAAUUCUGGAUAUGGAGGACGUCGUGUUGAAACACCUCAAGUUCUUCGCAGCCAAGAACGGUGGGACCUACCCCAGUCGCAUCAUCUACUACAGAGACGGCGUCGGCGACAGCCAGUUCGAAGCAGUUCUCCGCGCUGAACUUUCAGCCAUUCGUAGGGCAGCGAUGAAGAUUGGGCUGACAUACAUGCCAAGAAUCACCUUCCUCGUGGUACAGAAGCGGCACCACACCAGGUUCUUUCCUAAGGAAGGUGACUCGAUGGCUGAUAGGAAUGGAAACGUGCCUGCUGGUUUCGUGGUGGACAACACCAUCACGCACCCGAGGGACAUGGACUUCUACCUCGUCAGCCACCAGAGCAUCCAGGGCACAUCUCGGCCGACCAAGUACAAGAUGCUGUACGACGACGCCAACAUGAAUGAGGACGAGGUGGAGCAGCUCACCUUUAACCUGUGCCACCUGUAUGCGAGGUGCAACCGCAGCGUGUCCUACCCAGCGCCAACCUACUAUGCCCACCACGCCGCAACCCGCGCCAAAGAAUACUACAUGGAGGCGAAGCUUACCAUUGACGUGAAGGAUGAGAAGGCUUUGAAGGAUGAGAGCGUGAAGUUGAAUGACUUAAUGAGCAGUUUCACCAAGGACCAUCCCAUGUUUUUUAUGUAGACAGAACCGUGUUUGUAGAGGACUUUUAGAUUUUUACUCUAUCAGCUAGUAUAGCUUUAUAACCCACAUGGGCAUGGCAACAUAUUUUAGUUUUAUCAAUUCAAUUUUAUGUCUUACUUCUGCUCGCACAAUAAAAAACUCAUUCUCUCCUAGAACAUAAAUUUGUUUAAAAUUUUUAUUUGACCUUACUGUCCAC